GUGACUAAUAAUCCCUAGGUUCUCGUAACUUUGUCGUAGUUGGUCUCAGUGCUUCGGGAUGGUGGUGGAUAGUGGUUCGGUGAUAGUGAAAGGAGGGUCGGUGAUGGUGGUUGUCAGGGAUGUCACGACAUGGUUCGUGACAGCUGGGAAAAACAAUUUUCGAAGGGGAGGAUCCCAUACCUGUGCUUGCAACACAGCGUUAUCGUCUUUUCAUCAUAUCAUUUUGGUACCCUUCCCACUCUUUUAUGACUCUUCUUGACCGACUUCUGGCUCUUCGCUUCUUCCCCUGCGCCCUCCAUGUCUACUUCCCAACAAAUCGCUAUGACUUUUCACAGAGCAAUCGUGGUAUCCUCUCGUCCUCUCGACGCUCUUCUUCUGGUCUCUGCGAGUCUGUCCCUUCGUCAUCAUUUACCUCGCCACCCCACUCCCGGUGAAAAACUGUUUUUGUCUCUAGAAACACAUCUUCGGCCUUUCUAAACUUCUCGACGCUCUUCUACCGUUCUCUGCGAAUCUGUCCCCUCGUCAUCAUCCUCGAUCUCGUCACCGACAUCCCGGUCAACAACUUUCUUUACUCCUCAACAACACCUCCCCCCCGGCUCUCACAUGUCGACAUGUAUGCUGCUGGUCUAGGGCUAAGCGAUGUCAUCACCGAUCCUGGUACCGCCAUCACCGAUCCUGGAUUGUUUUCCACAAUCCCGUUCUACAUAACUCAGUCCUCGACGCUCUCGCUCUCCUGAUCUCGUACCAGAGACUCGGCAACAUCGUCCUGGAGACUAUGGCGAUGACGAUCUCGAUGAAAUGCUCGUC